ACUAAAAUGCCGGCGCGAAAACGUAUUAGUCUGGAGGAAGAGUACAGUAAGCCGACUGGUAUCACUGCAGAUGAUAUUGCCAAGCUACGCCAAUGGUUGGACACUCAACCGCAUCUGCCGAAGAACCUUACCGAUCUGGAUCUGAUCCUGAUCUAUCACAAAUGCGACCGCAGCCUCCAAGUUUCUAAACAGGAGAUCGACAAUCAGUAUACCCUGAGGACACUCUUCGCAUCCUUCUUCAAGGACCGAGGCUUAAAUAAGGAAGCUGAAACAUUCUUCCAGACCACGCUGGUCACAGUCCUGCCGGAAAGAUCCAAAGCGGGCGAUACGAUAUUUUACGGAAGAAUGUUGGACUCUGACGUUAAGAAAUUCGACUUUGCCACCAGUAUCAAGGGUGUCUUUAUGGCACUGGACCUAUGGCAAUAUGAAGAAGGAACGUGGCCAGGACUGAUCUUCAUCUUCGAUUUGCAAGGAAUAAAAAUGGGCUUAUUGUCCAAAUUGGACAUACAGAAUUUACAACAGUUCGCAGCUUAUUUCCCUGAAGCAUUAUUAGCGAAAUUCAAUGGUGUGCACUUCAUAAACACGCCCUUGUUCAUGGACCGCAUGAACACACUCAUAAAAGCUUUCCAUAAAGCAGAGUUUAUUCAGAAAUUCAUCGUCCAUCAAAACGGUAGCAACACAUUGGAGCAGAUCAUUGAUAUUGACAUCUUGCCAAAGGAAGCUGGCGGCAAGUUUAAGAGCUUGGUAGAGUGUCAACAGGAAACAUUAGAAAAAAUACGGACUAACGAAGAUUAUUUCGUCGAGGAAAACAAGAAGAGGAUCGUUGAAGCACUAAGACCUGGAAAACCGAAAACCAUAGCCGAUUUCUUUGAUAGCGUUGAGGGAUCCUUCAAGAAACUGGAAAUUGAUUAG